AUGGAUGACUCGGAGUUAAACGCCAUCAGAGCAGCCAGAUUAGCCGAGCUUCAGAAGCAGACCGGAGGCAGCUCGGACUCGGGCCAGUCUUCACCUCAAGACGAAGCAAGAGCCUCAGCACUCUCGCGAGUGUUAGAGCCUAGUGCCAGAGAAAGACUAAGCAGAGUGCGCAUGGUGAGACCAGAACGUGCGCAGCAAGUCGAGCAGUACAUUCUCAGAUUGUUCCAGACCGGGUCCAUCAACAGAAAACUCUCGGAAAAGGACAUUGUAGAGAUCUUGGACGGAAUAAGUCGUGAUUCCAACAAGCAGGCUUCGACCAAGAUCAUCUACGAUCGCAAACAGAACACCAUUGACGACGAGGAAGAAGAAGAGGAGGAGGAUGAUUUCUUUGACUAG